AUGGCCGACCUGGAAGCAGCCGGCAAUUGGGACGCGAAGGCGUACUCUACCUGCGCCCGGGGCCCCGACACGCCCACCGGGACGGCACGGUCCACCAAGAAACAGCGGCUGCAGCCUACCAACGAGGUCCGGGAGAUGUCCAUCAAGACGGGCUGCCAGCACAAGUUCGUCAUCAAGACGCUGAGGCAGAGGAAGACAGACAGCAUUAUCAUCUACCGCCACAACCCCCACACCGGCCACGACGAGGACACCAGGCAGUGCCACCGUCUGUCUUCCUGGGUGACGGACAAGCUGACGGAGCUCCUGAAUGCCAAUCCCACGUAG